AGAGAGAGAGAGAGAGAAUUGGGAGAUGGGGGUUGCUAGCUAGGGUUAUCGCAUGUUUGCUUCACGCAAGCAACUAGGAGGUGGGGGUGUGGUGUUGGACGUGUCGCGUGGCUUUAAAGAUUUCGAGUUGGGUUUAAAAAAUCAAACAAGUCCAAACACAUGACCCACCACCAGAGCUAGAUUUCAUAUGUACACAAAUUUUUGGCUCUUGGGUUUCUCAUUUCAUCAUCUUCUUCAUCAUUUAAUCACUUCCUUGACGCAGAGAAACCCAAUUUGACCAUGCCGUAACAACAAAACAAGAAACCCAACGUCAUCACCAGCAGAAGAAGAUGAGUAGUGUAAACAGCGGUAGUACCAGUAGUGGCGGAGGCGGUGGUGGCGGCGGCGGUGGCGGUGGUGGUGGUAGCGGUGGUGGUGGGCCUUGUGGAGCGUGCAAGUUCCUGAGGCGAAAGUGUGUGACGGGUUGUAUAUUUGCCCCAUACUUCGAUUCAGAACAAGGGUCGGCUCACUUCGCAGCGGUGCAUAAGGUGUUUGGUGCAAGUAACGUCUCUAAGCUUCUUCUUCAUAUACCCAUCCAUAAGCGUCUAGACGCCGUUGUCACCAUUUGUUAUGAAGCUCAGGCUCGUCUCCGUGAUCCUGUCUAUGGUUGCGUCGCUCACAUCUUCGCCCUUCAACAACAGGUAGUGAACUUGCAGGCGGAGCUAUCGUACUUGCAAGCUCAUCUGGCAACACUGGAGGUUCCAUCUCCAACGCAGCCUCCGGCACCUCCGACGUUACUGAACCCGCCGUCACUUUCCAUUGCGGACCUCCCCUCAGCUUCAAGUAUGCCAGGUGCGUCCUUUGAUCUAUCAACGCUAUUUGAUCCUUUGGUGCAACCUUCAUGGACGUUGCAACAACGACAGAUGGAACUUCGACAAUACGGUGGUGCUGGUGGUGGUGGUGGGAGGAACCCAUUGGACAACUCUUCCUCCUCCUCCGCCGCCACCGCCGGAGGAGGAGGUGGUGAUCUUCAAGCAUUGGCAAGGGAGCUUCUUCUCAGACAUGGGUCUUCGCUGGGUUCAUCACAUAAAACGGAGCCAUCACCAACACCUUAACCACCACCACCGCUGCAGUCUCUCUCUCUCUCUCUAGAUAGGAAUCUGAGAUUGACCAUUACAUUCUCAGUAAAAGUUGCCCAGAUUGGAAUCCGGUUCUUGGGGUGUUUUUGUUUUCAUCCCAAUAGACAAUGAGUCAAAAUUUGGAAGUUGACUCUUUUCAUUGUGGCAAAAUUUUAGGUGAAAUGAAGAAACGAAGACCUAGUUUACAAUUUUCUGUGGUUCUGUUACUCCUGUAUACAUAUAAUAAUCAAAAACCAGAUAUUAGGUUUUGUGCCGUACGCUUUCUUGGCAUUUCCGUUGAUCAGAGACAAACUAUCCUGCUGGCGCAGGUAUCUGCUAGCACAUAGGCCAAUUAGAGGCGGCACGGAAAUAUCUGAGCGAUGGUAGUGUGUUUUUUACCAUCUAAGUUUGGAUAUAGAAACACACAAGUGAGUAGUGUCCUUUCUUCCCCUUAAUAAUGAGGAUUAAAAGUUUUCAAACAUAGGCUUGACGACUUGGUGGAAACCUCAAUCAUCCAUCCGGUGGGCUCGGAGUCUAGAAUACUAUCACUUGAUACCAAAAGUUGUUUACUCAAGAUCAUGCUUUUAUAAAGGAUGGUGCUGUGAUGUUUUU